AGUGAAUUGGUCAACCACCUUCUACUCAGCACCAUAGCUGCCCUCAGAUCCCUCAUGAAACCCAAGAUCGUCAAAAAGAGGAUGGAGCAGCUCACUGGGCACCAGUCAGACCAAUAUGUCAAAAUUAAGCAUAACUGGUGGAAACCCAGAGGAAAUAGAGUGCGCAGAAGAUUCAAGGGCCAGCUACUGAUGCCCAGCAUUGGUUAUGAGAGCAACCAGAAAACAAAGCACAUGCUGCCAAGCAGCUUUUGGAAAUCCCUCAUCAAUGAUGCCACGGCACUUGAAACGCUACUGAUGUACAACAACUCUUACUAUGCUGAGACUGUUCACAGUGUCUCCUCAAGGACCUGCAAAGCCACAGUGGAGAGAGCAGCCCAGCUGGCCAGCAGACUCACUGGUCCCAAUGCCAGGCUGCACAGAGAAGAAAAAGAACAGAGAGCUUAUGUGCACACUGUACUUGCAUUAAUAAAACCAUAA